CAACUUACUGUAAAUAAUAUCUACACAGGCCUAUAUAACAGUGCCGCUAAAGUAGUUCUUACUUCCAUUUUUUUUCCUGUAUAGUCCACGAAAGUCGACUUUCUUCUCGUACUAUCAACAAUAAUAUUAUUAUCGUUUUGACCGCGGUCUUGUAUGAAAGAAUUUAAUACUAAAAUAUGUGACCGUGAUUUGGUUAUAUUUUUAUCAUCAGAUCGUGUUUAUCACAACGUGGAAUUGUCCUCCAAAUUUGAAAUAUUCUUAUCAGUCGUCAUAGGUAUUUCCACUUUUCGGCUUUUCACAUCUCGAAGUCGUUUUCUUCGUUUAUACUUUGUUUUCGUGCUACAAUCGGACUGUGUAGGUAAGAUUUUUUAUACGUGUCGUUGAAUUUCAAAGGAAAUUGCUAUUGUCAUGUCGACGAAUGUGUCUUGUCCGGAUUAUGGCAAAGUUUUUAAUGACAAUAUACACGGACACAUUUUGCUCCAUCCGCUAUGUGUGAAAUUCAUCGAUACGCCUGAAUUUCAAAGAUUGCGUAACAUCAAACAGCUCGGUACUACAUAUUUAGUCUACCCAUGUGCAAGCAUUAAUCGAUUUGAACAUUCUAUUGGUGUUUGUUAUUUAGCUGGACAAAUGAUAGAAGCUUUAUGUCAAAAUUCAGGUGAUGAUAUUAAUGUUUCUCCAGAAGAAAAAUUGUGUGUUGAAUUAGCAGGUCUUUGUCAUGAUCUUGGACAUGGUCCUUUGUCUCACAGUUGGGAAAGGUAUCUUAAAGCGUCUGGAGUCAAUUGGAAGCAUGAAGAAAGUUCAACUGAAAUGCUUAAAUAUAUUAUACAGAAGUAUGAUUUAGAAAAAGAGCUUAAAAAGUAUGGACUUAAUGUGGAGUAUCACAUUGAAUUGAUUUGUGAAUUUAUUAGAGGAGAAGGAAAGUUAUUAGAAGUAAACCAUUUCUUAUAUCAGGUUGUAUCAAAUAAAGAUAAUGGCAUUGAUGUUGAUAAAUGGGAUUACUUUUUACGUGAUGGAAAUUGUUUAAAUUUAAGCAUAUCAUUUGAUUAUAAAAGAUUGAUGCAGUUUUCUAGAGUAGUUGUGGAUCCUAAUUCAAACCAACCAAAACAAGUUAUAGCUUUCAGAAAUAAAGAGGCUAGAAACAUAUAUGACAUGUUUAGAGUGAGAUCAGAUUUACAUCUGAGAGCUUACCAACACACAGCAGUUCAAAACACAGAGUUGAUGUGGAUUGAUGUGUUAUUAAAAGCAGAAAAUUAUUUCACUAUACAAAUUCCAUCUGGUACCAAGUUUGGUUUAAAUGAAGCUCAUACAAAUAUUGAAGCAAUGUCUCGUUUAACUGAUCACAUACUGUAUGAUAUUCAGUAUAGCAAUGACCCAAAAUUAGAAGAAGCCAAAAGUUUAUUAAACAGAUUACAUACAAGACAUCUAUAUCAAUUUAUUGGUUCUUAUAAUUUAAUAUUUAUUAACAAAGAAAUUUAUAACAAGUCUAUUGAUGUUGAAAAUUUAAAACAAAAUCUUAAGAAUGAAUUGCAAAAACAAUUUGGUAUUGAAUUUGGCAUUACAGCUACUUGGCUAAAUUGUGGAUAUCCAUUUAUAAAUCCAUUAGAAAAAGUAUUAUUUUUCAAGAAACCAUUAUGUAACAAUACAUCAGUUAUAUUGGAUGAUACACCUUAUCAAAAUGUAUAUCCUAUGAAUGAAUUAGAGUUUUUUAAACGAGAUAUCAAUGUAUUUAGUAAAUCACUUAAAUUAAAUGACAUUCAGCUUAAAGACAUUGAUCUUGCUUGCAAUUCAUUUUUAAAGGAUUUCAGGCCAUAAUUUUCUGGUUCAAGUAUACAUUCAAUUUAAAUACUAUGACUAAACAUUACAUCAGAUCAAAGAAUAUUAAGAUUCAAUAUAUAUUAAUAAUAAGAAUAAAUAAUGUAUUACGCUUACAUUAAGUCAAUAUUGAUUAAAUUAAAUAGA